CUCCCUUCUUAAAGAGCCCAAGUUCUGAAAAUGACUUCACGCGUUCAACUCCCACGGUGAAACCAUUCGCCAUUGAUCGGGAGAUAUAAACAACAAAAACCAACAUCAUAAUGGCUUCAUCGAGGAUAUUCAUCAAGGGUUUGCCACCCAGUAUCUCGGAGGCUGACUUUCGGAAGCACUUCUCCGCCCAAGGUCGCGAGAUUACCGAUGUCAAGCUGAUUCCCCAGCGACGCAUUGGCUAUGUGGGCUACAAGACACCCGAAGAUGCCUCAAAGGCAGUCAAGUACUUCAACAGGUCUUACAUUCGCAUGUCCAAGAUCGCCGUCGAGACUGCGCGACCCAUCUCAGAUCCCGCCCUCACCAAAGGCCAGAGCGCCUGGCAUUCCAAAGCUGCAUCAACACCAUCCACAACAAUCAAGGGCAAUGAGCAGCCCGCUGAAAAGGAGUCAGACUCGAGCUUGAGAAAGCGCAAGCGAGAUGAGCCCCAGCCGGCGGACCCGAAGCUACGCGAGUUCCUUCACGUAAUGAAGGAAGGCAGAGAGGGCGCGCUCGAUGAUGGUGUCCGCGGUGGUAUCGGCGACGGCGUUGCUGCUGUUGCUGCCACCGCUGUUCCUGAAGAGGAGAGCGAUGAUGAGUACGAGCAGAUCCCGACUCGAAGGGAGAAGCAGCGCAGGAUCGAAGCACCAGAAAAGCCGCUGGUCUCUCAAUCUUUGCCAUCGCAGCUGAAAGAAGCAAGGGUGGUCUCUGAUGUGCAGGCGGAAACUCCUGCAGGCGACGAACCUGUGGAGCCUCAAGAAGCAGCUGCAAAAUCAAAUCUGGAACAGCAGGAAGUAGUCGCAGAGGAUGACGAUUGGCUUCGUUCACGAACAAACAGACUGCUGGACCUUGUUGAUCCCGAUGACUUGGAACGAACUCCUGCGCAAGGGCCAUCAACAACUGAGACCGAUCAUGCAGAGGGAGGCGAAGCUAUGGAACUCACUUCUGUUGACCCGCCAGCUACAGCUGACGUGGCGAUGAAUGAGACCACGAUGGAGGCAUCGGGGGGUGAGCCGGCAAAGGACGACUCACUUGAGGCGAUCCGCCGAACAUCAAGACUUUUUGUCCGAAACCUGCCCUACAGCGCCACCCAGGAGGAUCUCCGGGAGACCUUUGAGCGGUUCGGAACCAUUGAAGAGGUUCAUCUACCGGUCAGCAAUUCAGGUACCAGUAAGGGGUUCGCCCUGGUGUUGUUCACUGACCCGUCGGGAGCUGUUGAAGCAUUCCAAGCCAUGGACGGGGCGACGUUUCAGGGGCGUAUUCUUCACAUCAUUCCUGCGAGUGCAAAGAGAGACACGGGUCUGGAUGAGUUUGCAAUUUCCAAACUCCCCCUCAAGAAACAAAACAUGAUUCGGAAGAAACAAGAGGCAGCUGCUACUACGUUUAACUGGAAUGCGCUGUAUAUGAGCCAGGACGCCGUCAACGCGUCGGUCGCCGACCGUCUUGGUGUUUCAAAAUCAGAACUUCUUGACCCUACCUCGGCCGAUGCUGCCAUCAAGCAGGCCAUCGCGGAGACGAGCGUCAUUCAAGAGACCAAAGCAUAUUUCACCGCUAAUGGAGUGGACCUCGAAGCUUUCAAGUCAAAGAAGCGGGGUGAUACAGCCAUCUUGGUGAAAAACUUUCCCUACGGGACUACGAUCGACGAGCUCCGUAAGCUCUUCGAGGAGUCUGGGCCCGUGCUGAGAGUUUUGAUGCCCCCGAGCGGGACAAUCGCCAUUGUCCAGUUCUCGCAGCCCAAUUACGCCAAAUCCGCUUUUGGGAAGCUGGCAUAUCGCCGGAUUGGAGAUAGUGUGCUCUUUUUGGAAAAAGCGCCAAGUGACAUCUUCAGAGGCGGCAACCAACUGGAUCAAGCCGUGUCACUAAAAGAUCGUCCGGCUCCGACGGUCCAAAAUCUUAGUGUGGAUGACUUGCUGUCACGCGGUGAUAAGCCGGAGGAGGAUUUGGAAACCACCUCUCUGUUUGUGCGAAAUUUAAACUUUUCGACUUCCACAUCUCGGCUUGCUGAAGCUUUUCAGUCCCUCGACGGAUUCGUAUCUGCCAGAGUUAAGACUAAAAUGGACCCGAAGAAACCAGGGCAGACACUUAGCAUGGGAUUCGGUUUUGUGGAGUUCCGCACAAGGAGCCAAGCCCAGGCUGCACUCAAAGUCAUGGAUGGUCAUGUACUUGAUGAUCAUGCCCUGGCUGUUAAGGCAUCACACAAGGGCCAUGACGCAGCCGAGGAGAGACGUCGGGAAGACAAGGCUAAGAAGGCUGCAGGGCAGCGCACCAAGAUCAUCAUCAAGAACUUGCCUUUCCAGGCGACCAAGAAGGACAUCAGGUCACUGUUUGGAACCUAUGGUCAGCUUAGAUCGGUACGCCUACCCAAGAAGGCUGACUAUACCCCUCGGGGUUUUGCUUUUGCCGACUUUGUCACUCCCCGCGAAGCCGAGAACGCACUAAAUGCGUUGAGGGACACCCACUUGCUUGGUCGCAAGCUUGUCUUGGACUUUGCGGAGGCAGAGGCAGUCGAUGCUGAGGAGGAGAUCGCAAAGAUGCAGAAGAAGGUUGGAGGACAGGUGAACAAGGUUGCCCUUCAGCAAUUGACUGGAAAGGGGAGGAGUAGGGUCAAUAUUGGCAAUGAAAAUGAUGAGAUGGAUAUGUGAAGUAUGGAAUAGUAAACUACAGAGAUACUAUUGCCUUUCCACGGGGGGGGAGAGAGAGAGAGUUGUGACAAGGCUGAGGGUUCCUGUUCCUGUGCCUGCACGGCUGAUCUCGCUCUCAAUGAGCUAUGCGCCGUUCUCCCUUGGCAAGGGUCGAUUGGUCGCUGUAGAGCAGAUAGCAUGCAUUACUCGCAACGCUUAUUCGGAGUGGCUACGAUCUGGACAGAAGAAUUCGAUGCCCUGAGUUGACGGGCCAGGGGAGUAUGCGGAUCCUCUUAAUGUCUGAUUCUAAUCUUGUACACAUACCAAACCUUCUGUACCUUGCGCCGUUCGUUCUGAAGAUGUCUCUGAGAUCCCUCGACACACGCCCCCCUCCACAGUCCCUUGGUUCAUGGUCAGGUUGGGUUAGCACACAGAUAUCGCAGCCCCGCCCUGACGCUCCCUUGCAUGCUAACGCCCUCGAUCAAUGCUCCAAGCUGCCAUGUGCUGGUGGCUUCUGCAGGCACUCACAAUUGGCCGCCACGACUACCGACAGCAGACAUCCCUCCGGGCAAAGCCAUGUCUGUUCCCCGCUGUUGUUGGAGUUGAAGCUGGAGCUGGAGCGGCGCCCUUCCCACUCCCACCUAUCCCUACCCCCACCCCAUCCCCAUCCAUCAUGACCCCAUUACCCUUGGUGGU